CGCAUGCGCACCCUUCCUACUGCCUUUCUGCCAAAAAUCCGCCAUGGCUCCGCUCAAGAAGCCUGUAGUGAAGGGUGGCAAGAAGAAGAAGCAGGUCCUGAAGUUCACGCUGGACUGCACCCACCCUGUCGAGGAUGGCAUCAUGGACGCUGCCAACUUUGAACAGUUCCUGCAGGAACGCAUCAAGGUGAAUGGUAAAGCUGGGAACUUGGGCGGUGGCGUGGUGUCCAUCGAAAGAAGCAAGAGCAAGAUCACAGUGACCUCAGACAUCCCCUUCUCCAAGAGGUACCUGAAAUAUCUCACCAAAAAAUACCUGAAGAAGAACAACCUGCGAGACUGGCUGCGCGUCGUGGCGAACACCAAGGAGAGCUACGAACUGCGCUACUUCCAGAUCAACCAGGACGAGGAGGAGGAAGAGGACGAGGAUUAAACUCAUGCUGUUCUUUUGUAAAAUGAAUAAAUUUUUCAAAAGAA